AUGGAUGGGCGUAGUGGCGGCGCAAAUCACUCUAAUGAUGGAGCGCCGCCCGCACGACAUCCACCGACGACGGUGGGCACACGUCAGUCAAGGCAUGUGAAAUGUAGUGCAUGGAAAGUGAUCAAUAUAGAUGCGAAAUCGUUUUAUACAAUUUAUACGGUGAACGAUCCGAGGAAACAGUAUAUACGUUUUCGAAAAACUGAGCCCGCUGAUCUACCAGUACCCAUCUUCGUGUUGGAUAACAAUACGGUUGGUUUACCACCGAAACGUGAAGUAUCCAUCUACGGUUUAAACGAUAAUAUCAAUGAAGCAUUCUUGAGGGAUAUGUGCGAGAAAAUUGGAAGCAUUUCGGAGAUCACAAUUUAUCGACAUCCACGUACCAAAAAGCAUAUGGGAAUGGCGUUGGUGGUGUUCAGUGAGCCGAAACUGGCUGAAUUGUUCGUUGCGAAGAAUGACGGUUGUUCGGUGAUGGGCGGUGUGAUUACGUGCUUUUUGGAUCCUUACGCAAGUAAAAUCAGUAAACGGUACGAGCAGUUGGGUAUGGAAUGCGCACCAAUACCAGAGUAUUUGAAGAAUAUCAGCGAUUCAAAGAUAAACGAAUUGCGACGUUCACUGAAUACACCACAUUCACCGCAUGAGACGCCGUAUCACGAUGAUGGUCCAUCAUGUAGUGGAAUCGAUCGAGUUGAAGAAACGUUGGAGCAGUUCUUCGACAGUAUGCCAUCACGCUCUCCAUGUGAAUCGACAACGCCGCGGGCGGCUAUCGAAACUCCUUCAUGCAGCACAUUUGUACGGAGUACAACUCCCACAACGCCACCACCAAGCAAAAAGAUUACUCACAAUAAGAACCAUAAAAAUAAUAUCAAUAAUGCUAUGAGCAAAAACAUUAGUAGUAAUGCGGAUAAAGAGAAUAGCGAUUUUGUGAACAACACUUCAAAGCCACCGAAAUUGCUUUUCGCUGAGAGCGGCUGUUCGAUCACGAAAACACCUGGUACCCCUCAGUCUGACCUGGUAUCAGAUGUGCGAGGACGUUGUCCUCUGCCCCCGGAACCCCCUUCUUCUACUAGCACAACAACGAUUCCGCCUCUCUCUCGAGCUCCAUUCCCAGUUCAUGCUCCCCCGCCAGCACCCGUGCCCGCGUCCAUACCCGUUUCUCUUGUACCCCCAAAUGGUGCCGCUCCGCUCCUUCCUCCGCCACCGUUCUUCCUCAGUACCCCCACGCCACAUAUGCCCCCCUCACCCUUACCGUUUUGCUCAUCACCCUUAAUAAAUCAACAUCCACCACCUCAGAACGCCUUCUAUCCGAUUCUGCCCAGUCCCGCGCCCCAUUUGGUAACUCCAUCUUUGAUAAGCAGUGCUGCAUCACUACCGAUGAAAGCCACCGACUACGUUCCACCACCCCCACCGCCUCCAUCUGAUUCUGUACUUAAAUCGUUCUCGGUGACAAAUCUCUCAACGUUACCACCUCCGCAGCCACCUCAUUCUAUUGCAACCCCAGCAAGUCACCCGGAUGCAUCUGGAUAUCGCAUUGUCAAGACUCCGACGACACCAGAGGAACCUCCACCAAUGGAUCCGAUGCCUUUCGAGCAAUCGAAUAUUCGUGAACGGGAGGAUGUCAAAAACGUGUCGUCGUCAUCGAAAAAAGAUGCAAACAAAUUCCGGAAGGAAGGGCUGAAUAAUCGUGUGGAGAAAUUGCGUCAUUUGACUGAUGAUUCAAAAACUCAACACAAACGACGACACGCCACGUGCUCUCCAUCAACGGUAUCGUCGAGUGAAGAUCAGAAGGAAUCCGGGAGUGAGCAGGAGGAUGUGAGUGAUGAAGAAGACGGCGAGGAUCCAGAAAGUGAUUUAAGUACGACAGCAUUUCAGCGGAAGACUAAAAAUGAGCAUCGGUCGUCAAGGAAGCGACAUCAUGCGGAGGCGAUUGUAGAAGAGAAGCGGAAGUACUAUAAACGAAAGAAUUAUGCGGAAGGAUCGAAAGAUUAUUAUAAGGAAGUGGUCAUAAGAACGUUGGAUGAGGUAAAGGAUCGUAAAGAGACGAACACGUCGAGGUGUCACGGUGAUUCGCGUGAGCUGGUUCAAGAAGUGGAACGGUAUCAACGCAUUCGGAGAUAUAAACGACGUCGAAGUGAAGACGAGUUGCGAGGUUCACUGUCACCAGAAGAAGUGGUUCGCCAAUCGCGCAAAAAUCCGCUUGAGACGGAUGAUAUAGACCUGCCGGAUCUGAAGAGUAUCAGUAGUGAUGAGGAUGACACCGAGGAGACUCGCAAUGAUAGUAGGAAUGAAAAUGGUACCGAUAGCAACUAUCAGAAACGCAAAUAUGGCGGUUCGACGAGAUACGAUGACAGAGCGCGAUUGAGAACACCGACUCAGCAGCAGUCUGAUAGAAAUCGAAGAUCUGGAAUGGGAUUCAGUACAGCACCACAGCGAUCAUCUUCAUUGAAUUGUACACGAUUGGCAACAACAGGAAACAGUGCGAGUGGCUUGGACAGGAGGGAUCGUAUUCUAUCGGAUCGACGAAUACCGUCGUUUUUUGAAAUUGACGUGUCGUUGCCACCGCAGUCGCAGUCGAAUCGUCGUAAAACGAUGGCAGUGAGCAGUACUGCCGGAGGCUGUGCUAGUUCGAUUGACCGACGUCGUGGUCAUCGAUGGUCAUCAACGUCCGCAUCGGACGAUUCCUUCUCGGACACCGACGAGAGUGUGGCUCGGUCGCGACGGCAAACAGCAACGAUUGCUACAAACAAUGCGAAUGAACAAUCAUUAUCAGCACAACAACAGAGGUCGUCAUUUGAGCAGAGACUCGAAACCUUGUUCCAUACGAAUUCUGCUGCGAAUCAGUCGUUGGAAAGUGUGUGUAAAGAAUCUCCACAAACACCGUCGAUUGGUACGCCAGCAUCUGUAUUUACACCAGGUCUGGCGAUUUUUUUUUCACCUGUUAUGUGUGAUAGUUCGCCUGCAGUCACUCCGAAUUACGUCGAUCAGUCAACAAACGUGGCCUCACGAAGAGCGGAAAAGAUCAAUAAUACAGCGGUAGAAACAUGCUCAACACCACAAGGACAUUUGACGGGCGGCAGCACACAUUUCAACGCAACGAACCUUUCAAAACCAGCAUCGGUAAGUCAAAGCAAGCCAGAUCCAUUUGCUUCAAUGGAUACAGUAUCGAAGAUUGAUCGAAGCCGAUCCAAAGAAGCGGAAGAAGAUGCGGAACGGCGACGAAAAGAGGAGCAAGCAAAAAUUCUGGAGGCUAUCGAGAGGGAACGCGAUCGCUUCGAGCAAGAGAAGAAAUUGGCUGAAGAACGGGAAGCAAGAAGACGAGAACAUGAAAGGAAGUUGGAGAUUCAGAGGAAGCGUGCUAUUCGUGGCAAAUGUGUGGAUAAAAUGUUCGAACGUCUCUAUACGGAUCUUAGCGCGGUGCUCGUCAAAGAUGCACUGCGUAAAAUGGAACUGUUAGUGGUGGAGAAGCUGGAAGUGUCAUGGGCAAAGUCAUUGGAAGAACAAAAUGAAAAGGUGAAAGACGAGAAUAAAGGAACGACAACGGCUGAAAGUGGUAAAGCGGUAUUGAAAGGACCAAGAACACCGCCCGAAAAAUCAGUACUGACCCCGAGUUCGAAAAAUUCGCUCAAUGAAAUGGUACGUAAGGUGGCAGCUCAGUCAAAAGCCGAAAUGAGCGCAGCGUUCGGGCCAGAAGCGGCCGGGAUGCUUGGAGCAGACUUCUUGUUCCAAGGAUUUGGUGCCAUUCGAAAUAUGCCCUCAUUCAAGAAGAAAGUGGUGAAGCCAGCAGUGACGUCUUCGCUGUCGUCGAAACGUGACAAAUCGAAUGAUUCGUCACGCAGAAGUCGACGUGAGCGUAGUGGCAGUGUGAGUAGUCGGCGGAGUGAUGCGGACUCGUCGGGCAGUUCAUCGAGAAGCAGCAGUUCAUCGUCAAGCGCGACCACAAGUCGUUCGACAACACCGGCAAGAAGCGAAAGCGCCAGUAGAGCAUCGUUACGUGACACUGAGUUGGAGAAGCAAAAGAAUCGUGCGAGCAAAUCGUUGAAACAGCGAUCCAAUCGAGAGUGA